CUUAUCAUAAAACUUCUCUGUCUCCAACAAAACUGAAAGGAUAGAAAGAGAGAGAUUUCGAUCAACCUCUUCUUGAAAAUGGCAAGUGAAACAGAGAACAUAAAGUACGAAGAGAGUUUCAUUAAGAACUCUCGAGGAACGAAGUUAUUCACGUGCAAGUGGUUACCAGCAAAUAAAGAGCCAAAGGCUUUGAUCUUCAUCUGCCAUGGAUAUGCAAUGGAAUGCAGUAUCACCAUGAACAGUACUGCGAGAAGGCUUGUGAAGGCAGGAUAUGGGGUGUAUGGGAUGGACUAUGAAGGACAUGGUAAAUCUGAUGGGCUUAGUGCGUAUGUCCCAAACUUCGACCAUCUCGUUGAUGAUGUCUCUGCCCACUACACAUCCAUUUGCGAGAGAGAAGAGAACAAAGAGAAGAUGAGGUAUUUGUUAGGAGAAUCAAUGGGUGGGGCUGUGCUUUUGUUGUUACACAGAAAGAAGCCUGAGUUUUGGGAUGGGGCCGUCUUGGUUGCUCCUAUGUGUAAGAUCGCAGAAGAAAUGAAACCAAACCCUGUGGUAAUUUCUGUAUUGUCCAAACUUAGUGGAGUCAUUCCUACGUGGAAGAUUAUCCCUGGCCAGGAUAUCAUUGAGACUGCUUUUAAGCAGCCAGAAGUCAGGAAACAGGUCAGAGAAAACCCUUACUGCUACAAAGGUCGUCCACGCUUGAAGACUGCUAAUGAGCUAUUGAGGAUUAGCACCGAUCUUGAGAAGAGGCUUGAUGAGGUUUCAUUACCGUUCAUGGUACUGCACGGUGAAGAUGAUAAAGUCACGGACAAAGCGGUUAGCGGACAACUCUAUGAAGUUGCGUCGAGUUCGGACAAGACUUUUAAAUUGUAUCCUGGGAUGUGGCAUGGUUUACUCUAUGGCGAGACACCAGAAAACAUUGAGAUUGUUUUUGCUGACAUCAUUGGUUGGUUGGACAAGAGAGCUUCUGAUGGAAACGGAGGGUUUGAGUCUGAGCUCAACCGUAAAGAAGAUGGCUUCACUUUGAAAGAGUAGCUCUGAUUCAAAUGCUAUUAAUUGUUGAAAUGAGAUUUCAUAUAUUGAUUAUGACACUGCGACAUGUCUUUGUAAGUGCAGUGACAUUUAUAAACUACAUUAUGCGUC